CAAACUGUGAAGGAGGAUCUGCCUGAAUCGCUUCCUGUGUGUGAUACAAUAACAACACGCUGAAGAGCAAAGGUGUUUUCCUCCACGCCUGAUGCUGUCCAGUGCUCUACGCUGCCUGCGUCCCAUCUCCAGCACCCUUGUCUUAUCCAGACCUCUCGCUCACCACAUGGACCCAAGUGUUCCCCGUCCCGUAGAGACCACCAUACGCACCAAACUGAGCAAGGCCCUCAAUCCUGAGCACCUGGAGGUCAUAAAUGAGAGCCACAUGCACGCCGUUCCCCCUGGAUCAGAGUCCCACUUCAAAGUUCUGGUGGUGAGUCCUCAGUUCGAAGGUCUUUCCUUGUUACAGCGUCACCGGCUGGUAAACGAGACCCUGAAGGAGGAGCUCAGUACCUGCAUCCAUGCGCUCUCUAUCCAGGCCAAGACGCCUCAGCAGUGGAGCAGCAACCCCAGCCUGGCAAAAAGCCCUCCAUGCAUGGGGGGAUCCAGACAUGAUCACACUAUGGCAGAGAAACUAAAGGCGGGUAGAGACUGACUGACAUUACAGAAACAAAAACUGGGUAAUAUUAGAUAUUCAGUCGGAUAAAUGCACUGUAACAAAAUGAUCAGUUGACUUUUCUUAAAAUAAGUGAGUAAACCUGUUGCCUUAUCAUUUAAGUACAUUAACUGUGUGCAUAAAUAUAAACAUUUAAGUUAAAUCAACUUAAAAGGUUACAAGUUAUGAUUGGUUUACUCGCUUUAAGUAAAUAAUCACUUUUUACAGUGUAGGUUUGGUGCAUUGGCUUUGUGCGAAUCUCUCAUCUGGAGCUAAUUAAGUACAAUAUGCAAUAUUUAAAUGACUUUGAUGCAAAUAAUAAAUGCUAAUUUGUUUGUGUUGACU